UCGAGACCCACGAGCAGGAGGGCGACGUCCUCGAGCCAGCAGCCGAGCGGGACGCGGAGCGCCCCGGGCUGUCCACAGCUGCAGGCUUUGAGGGUCCCGGGCCGGGCGGCGACGGCCCUGGGCUGUCCGGAGCGCACAGCGCGGAGGCCCAGGGGCAGUGUCCGCCUCUGGGCCCCGAGACCUCCGCCUCCGGGUCCGGCUCGGGGGCCCCCCAGCAGCGUUUUCCACCGCGCCCCGAGGCUCCCCAGCGGCAGGCGGAGGAGCUGCUCAUGGAGACGCCCAUCGAACGCGAAAUCCGCCGCAGCUGCGAGCGCGAGGAGAGCCUGCGCCGGAGCCGCGGCCUGAGCCCGGGCCGCGCAGGCCGCGAACUCAUCGAGCUGCGCGUGCGGCCGGUGCUCAGCCUGCCCAUCCCGGGAGGGGCAACCCGGCUGAGCGCCGCCUCCCCCGCAGCCCGCAGAGGCGACGGAAAGCUGGCAGUGAUCUGGCCUCCUCGCAGAAAGGCCUCGGAUAACUGCUCGGAACAGGAGGAGCGCAGACCUUGA